AUGCACGCAACCACGGCCUCUGACGACGGCCCACGUACCGCCUCGACCGGGCCCGCGUCGGCGACGCACAGCACUACGAUCCACGCGCCGCUCACGGCCGUCACGCCACAGGACCAAACGGGCAUCAUCGCGAUCCUGGCGGGGUUCAGCGUGGGUCUGCUUCUGCUCAGCACAGCGGUGCGGGUAUGGGCGCGGCGCAACGCGGGGUCCCGGAACGGCGACGACUGCACGUUCUACGCGGGGAUGGUUAUUGGGCUGGGCGAGGCGGGAUUGACGCUGUGGCUGAUCGGGGAGGGGCUGGGGAAGAGCGUCGAGGGGCUCGAUGAGGGGGUUGUGCGGACGCUUGAACAGGGGGUGCUUGGUACAACGGUGCUGUAUCUGGCGACGCUGUGGAUGUCCAAGGUUAGCUGUGCGCUGAUGUUGGUGGGCCUCAACCCGUUCAAGCAUCAGCGGCGCGCGGCGUGGGGGCUGGUUGUUGCGGCGACGGUGUGGUUCGUGUCCUGCGGCGUCGUCGUUGGGACCGGGUGUCGCGAUAUACUGGGGCAGUGCCACGGCGCUUGGAGGCGAUGGGUGUACAUAUCUGUUGUAGACAUGGUGCUGGAAGUAGCGCUGGUCGGGGCGAGCGUGUACAUGGUGUGGGGGCGGAGCAUGAGCAUGCGAGCAAAGGGGACCGUCGUUGGUGCUUUCGCGUGCAGACUGCCCAACGUAGCACUGACCCUCGCCCACCUCCUCUUCCUCACGCUCCCCGCGCCCACAACCGCCAUCCACAGCUCCCGGAUCCACGCCCCAACGCAACUAGCCAUCAGCUACACAAUCGUAUCCUGCGUAAUCCCGUACCUGCGACCGCUGAUGCAGAGCUACGAGAGCGACGGCACUGGCCACGGCGGCGCAGCCGCGACAUUCAACCUCAGCGACCGGUCGCGGGACAGCAAGGGCUCGCGCGACCUGAUGGGGGGGAGGGACUUGCAGACGCUGGACAAGGGCAAGGCGAGGGAAGUGAAGAGUGCGGGCGCCGAGGUGAAUGAUUAG